AUGGAGUUAAAACAAGCAUUGCCAGGCACUUCCAACAAUGCAAACGGAAGGGACCUGGUUCCUCCUGGUGUUCCUGCAAAUCAAAUGGCUCAAAGAGUUAAUAACAACACCAUAAGGGGUGAGGUCGGUUUUGAAGGUGCCGGAGGGACUGGUAGAAUAUCUUGUAACGAUAACAGGAAUGACCCCUUCAAAACUGAGCUCAUGAGAUUUAUGAGGGAAAUGAACAAACAGAUGGAUCGAAAUACAAAGGAGUUUCACACCCGAAUGGAUCAGAUUCUGGGCGCACCACCAGUUUUGAAAGGCCCAGAUUCGAAGAAAUACACGCAAUUACCAUUUAAGUCGAGCGCAGCGCCAGAGUUAAUUCCGAAGAGGUUCAAGAUGUCGGAUAUACCAAAAUACGAUGGGACUUUGGAUCCGCAGGAGCACAUCACAAUUUAUACCACGGUUGUGAAAUGGAAUGAUUUGGCUCAACAUGAUAUCGAAUCGGUCCUACUGAAGAAGUUUGGUGAAUCCUUCACAAAGGGGGACCUGACAUGGUAUUCCCUCUUACCCGAGCAUUCAAUUGACUCUUUUGAAAUGCCUACAAAUUCAUCUGUUAAGGCCCAUGCCGAGACAAGAAAGGUUCAAGACAGGAAGGACAUAUUUACAAUCGCGCAAGGUGAGUCCGAAUUUCUGGGGGAUUUCGUGAUCAGAUUCCAAAAAGAGAGUAUGAUGCUACCAGUUGUACCAGAUGAGUGGGAAAUAGAGGCGUUCAUAAAAGGUCUAAAUCCGAGAAACUUCGACGCCUCCCGAAAGCUGAAAGAAAGCCCGCUCAAAUUCCAAGCGACCACAUGGGCGAAUAGAAUCGAAGGAUGCGGCAACAAAGGGUUCUGGUCCUCAGAAAGGUUCGGUGUCGAUAGAAGAACCGACCAUGGCCGGAACAAUAGGUCAUUACAAGAAAAAGAGGUAUUGGGAGCCCAGAAUUCCACAUAUCUCAGGUUAUCGGAUUACUACUUCAACAUCAGCAUAGUGGAGUUGGUAUCAGUGAUAAGGAAUAUCAAAGAAGCAAGAUUCCUGAAGCCAAUCAGAUCCGAUCCCAGCCAGAGAGAUCCUAAUUUAUGGUGUGAAUAUCAUGGGACUCACGACCACAAAACUGGGGACUUCCGACAUCUGCGUGAAGAGGUGGCAACGUUGUUGAAGAAUGGCCAUCUCAGGGAGUUCUUGAGUGACCGAGCCAAGAAUAAUUUCGGCCGUAGCCGGGACAAUGCAGAGCCUUUGAAGAUAGAAAAUGACUACCCUUGGUUGACUAUCAACAUGAUUUUCAGAGGGAAUAAAAUUAAUGGCGUAACCUUCUCAGUUGCCAAGAAAACAAGGAUAUCAGUGACCCACAACAAGAGACUCCAGGGAGUCGCAAAAGAUGACAUCACCUUCAUGGAGGAAGAUGCCGACGAACUUCUUCUGCCACACAAUGACGCUCUAGUAAUUUCUCUCAAUGUCUUAGAUUUAAAAAUUAAGCGUGUUUUCAUUGACCUAGGAAGCUCUAGAAAAAACAUUCAAUGA